AUGGUGAGUGAUAGAGUUUCUCUCUUGAACCAUACUGCUGCCCAUACCGACAGAAUUUGGAGGCUGCGGGCUUCGCACACCGGAGAGCUUGUAGCGUCAUGCUCCUCGGACGGCAGUGUAGCGAUAUGGAGGGUGUCAAAGGACCUAUCUCUGCAGCCAGUGCAACGUCUACGACCCGGUCACGGUGACCCAAUCACUGUCCGGGAUUGCGCUUUCUCUGCUAACGAUCAGCAUCUGGUUGUCGCUGCCUACGACGGAUCCAUAUAUGUGUAUGAUUUAGUUAACGAACUGACUCAGGACGAUCCGUUUCAGCCUACAGCUGUUAUAGCCAAUGCACACGAGAAGGAGAUCAAGUCAAUUGAUAUAUCUAAAGAGGGAACGGUGGCGACUUGCAGCAGAGACCGCUUCGUGUCGUUUUGGCGGCCGUGCUCCGACUCCCCAGAUUAUGACUGCAUAGGUCUUUUCAACAACCACACAGAAGACAUCAAGUGUGUUCGUUUUAAUAGAAAUGGAACUUAUCUAGUUUCUGCAUCCUAUGACAACAAUAUCUGUCUCUACAAACGUUGCAUAGAGGUGGCAGACGAACUUGGGGAAGAAGAGAUAGAAUCAUGGGUGUUAGCAGGAGCAACCAAAUCUGAACUUGAUCUGAACUCUUGUGAACUAAAUGCACCCGAUUCCGAAAUACUGGCAUCCAAGUCCUCUUGCCACACCGUUUGGACUGCAAUCUUCACAGCUAACGGUAACUCUAUACUAACAGUUGAUGGAAAUGGAUGUGUUCGCUGUUAUAGUAUCGUUGAGGGUGGUGUUAAACAGACAGGAUGCACUAUCCUGCACGGGCAGCGGCCAAUUUAUGACAUAUCCUUGGCGGAGCCGAAGAGCACGUCAAAAGCACUUAGUACAUAUGUUGCCACAGUAGGACAAGAUGGUGCGGUUUGUCUCUCUGUCAUAAACAUCGCCACGGGGACCGCAGCCCCGAUAGUUUGCAUUACUGGCGCACAUGACGGUGAGGUUAAUGCUGUCUGUGAUGUCACGCAAUUCGCCGGCACCGAUGGACAUAUUGUUGUGUGCAGCGGAGGUGAUGAUGGCUAUAUUAACAUGUGGCGCAUCUCCAUUGAAGAGCGGGAUCUAUUUAACUAG